UGGGGCGAAAAUACAAACAACAUAUAAUGCCGAUUUUGGAUAAAAAUAGAUUAGUCGUUUUUUGAUGAAAUUAUGUCCUGAAUAAAACCAUACAAAAAUGUAACUUUUUCACAACCGCGAGAGAGACCCUCCCCAGAGAAAAACAGACGAUACUAAUAAGAUGAGCCUAUUUUGGCAAUUAUAUUUUACAGCAGUAGAAACAAUACCAAGAAGUGUAGUUUUUAAGUUGUUUAAAUAAGUGGCAGGAUAUAAAUACAAAUAGAAAAUACAGGCAAUGCCAUUGACUGUGUCAACCAAGCACUACGGCGUGAAGCCUUUUAUGUGUACAAGCGUUUUUAUGCUACCUCUUUUGAACAUGGAACAUGCCUGAAUGAUGUCAUUUUAGCAGGAUAGCAACGUAUGUGCGCGGUGGAAUUAGUUAGCGAACAGCUCGGGCUGCACGAUGAAUUUGGUCUUGGUCACGGACGUUUUACCAAUAGACUGUCGAGCCGCCUUCGGGUUGUAAGUGAAAAACUACACCACUUCUUUCAGUUCUACUAACGGAUGACGUUGCUAUGAGGACAGGAAUCAGAGAUGACUGAUGUCGUCACAGAUUUCGAAGCAACAGGAAGAACUGGCCGCAGGAAUGCUUUGCCUGACAUUCUGGGAUCCCCGGCAGGAGUGGGAACGUCUGAGCUGCCCCAUAAACUCGAAGAGCUCUCAAUGAGUGAUGAGGGAGCACAAGGCGGGGAGACGUUGUCCUCGGCAGAAGCGGACCCGAGUCUUUCAGAAGCUGAGGAGAAGAGCGACGGCACGUAACGGCACAGUGCUGUAAAACGUGCAUGACUGACUGGCAGACGUGACCUGAGAACUGUGAAGACAUGCACAGUGCUAUGCAACAUCAGGACACACCAGUGAUGCAGAAGUGGCUUGAGAAUCCUGACCGCUUAGACUUGAGGAAGGGAGGUUAUUUUAAAGCUGUCAGAAACACUGAGAUGCUGGUAGUUUGUUAUGUGUUUUUAAAAAGCAUUCCAUCCAUACUGUACUGUAUAAUAGCAUACUAGAGUGCUGUUCUACUCUGAAACCUUGAGCUCAACUUAUACAGUGUCUUUUGUAUAAAUCAAAACACGACUUCUUGUUGUUUUCAUAUGUUGCAAAUGUGUACUUUUUAACAGAAUGUCAACAUAUAGCUACAGGAAUGUCUAUUUUUGCAUAACAAAGGCAUAAACAUUCCAUUUGGUGAUGUACGUCUGUAUUAAGUAGUCAAAUUUGUAUAAUGCUUGCUAAUCUUUUAGCUGUGGUUUAUUAGCUGCUGUAAAACCUCUGCCUGGGUGAAAUGCAUUAAUUAAUGAUAGUUCUAUUUAAAGUUUUUUUUUUCCAUGUUAGUUUUUAAAGUCUUUAGAUAAUAUCUGCCGAUGUAACCCAUGUAAAAAAAAAAAAAAAAAAAAAAAAAAAAAAAAAAAAAAAAAAAUCAAUGGCAUCAUUUUGGUAGUCCUCUCCACUAGCCUCAGCUGCUGUUGUAUUAAUGUAUACAAUAAAUAUGGACUGGACUGUAGUGGACAGUUAAUUGACCCGAGGGAAGACUUUUGUUACUGAUGGAGCUAUAAUGCCGGAAACCGCAGGCUAAGGUCAUUGAAUCCUGGAGGUAACCAGUCUUCCCGAGGGGCAUUUCAUUUUCCACUAUUAGCUGAGUCAGCAAUACAUAUUUAAUAUACGAGUCACUCAAAAUAAUGAGGCAAGGUUAGAUAGUAAAUAUGAAGUAAAUGUAAAGCCAUAAAUAUUUGCCAUCCUUUUAUUAUGCGUUUUCCGCAAAUUAAAAAUAAACGUAAACAUUUUU